AUGGAAAACGGAGAUCUUCGCAUUAAGGAAAAUAACCAAGAUGAAUCUCAGAACAUUCUAAUUGCAAUGGCCAGGGGCAGCUCCGCAGAAGCGCUUUAUUUCAAGGGCCCAAGAGAAAGGUGGAUUCGUUUUUGUCUUCCCGAUGGCGGAUUCCUGCCAGAGAAAUCUACUUUCUCACAUGGGGAUACGGCGGUCUGCUUCAGGAUCAUCGAUCGGGACAUUGCAUCAAAGCUCUCGUUUGAGAUAUUUGCGACGGAGGAAAUAUCGAAAAAAAAGCACGAGUUGCAUCCAGAAAACGUGGUUCACUCUGCACGACUGGAAUUCUCAUUGCAUAUCGAUGGGAAGCAGCCUCGAUGUGUCCAGGACUUUGCCUUCAAGAAACAUUUCACAGUCAAGGCAACGGAAGGACAGUCCGGAGUCGAGUAUGAACAUCCAUGCUAUAUUGACGUGGAGUUCACCACCAUUGGCGGCGUUUCCUAUGGUGUAUACCAUGAGAAUGUUUCGCGUCUCAAUGGACCAGCCAAGAGAGUGUUCGAGCAUCUACAGCUUCUGACAUCUCGCAACAACCGGGAACUGAGAACAAAUGCAUAUGAAGUUGUCAACAACUACUUAUCUAAGCCAAAAGAUCAACGCCUGGGCCCUUCUUCCCCAGAGGAGGACGCAAAAUGGCUAGCAAAGGAGACCGCAUUUAAGAAAUACUGGGAUACCAUUGGUGAACUUGUGGUCCAGGAUGCAUCCAUUGUAGCCUACACGCACAAUCUAGCCGGCACACCUAUCGUCAGGAGAAAUCUUGGUGCAAACAGGAAGAAAAUUGUUAUUAUUGCAGACGAAGAUGGACAGGCUCUCGAGCCAGACGUGCUGAUGCCUCUCGUUUCUCUAGACAGGCCGGGGGAUGUUCUAGGAACAAUAAGAGGGGGUGACCGACAGCAACCCCCCUGGCAGUUACAGCGUCUGAGGUCCCCGGGUACAACGAAUUCGGAUACCAGAUGGGAAGAUCGCUAUUUGAUCGACUUUCGUCACUCCCAAUUCCCCUUUACACUAGUUUCUGAGCAACACCGCAUGCAGCCGCGCCUUUCGAAAUCUCCAUCCGCUUUCACCUACUAUGGGAAAAUGACUGACGACCCGAUCGUUCAAUCAAUUUCCAUUGAUACUAAGUUUUUAGAUGCGCUACUUGAUUGGAUCAAGACCAGAGUACCAGAUGUCAAUUUCAAAUCGGGCAUGGAACUCAACGGCGUCAAUGUGAUGGAUGGGGAGACUGUGGUCAAUGACAGAACUCGGUCUCGUUCAAAUCUUGCCAAUGUCACUAUCUUUGAUGUUGACCCUGAGCACAUUGACAAUACAGGUAGAUUGGCUGAAGCCUUGAAUGUCCUAUCGAAAGGUCUUCCGUUUUUGGAAGAACGUUGA